AUGCAUGAUCGUUAUCAAUCAUAUCCAAUCGAAGUCCUUUUCGAAGAUCAUGUAACAUUGAGUGAUGGUCGUUCUAAACCUCAUCUUGUUUUACUUCAAUUAACAUCAGAAACACUUAUCAUUCGACGCCUUAAAACAACUCAAGUAUCAUCGAUUAAUAAUAAACAAGUUCAAACAAUAGUACCACGUAAAGUUACUCUUAAAAGACAUCCAACAACACAUUCACUUGGUUUUUCAAUUAAGGGUGGUAGUGAUACGGGUUUUCCCAUUCUGAUUUCUCGUGUUGCUUAUACAAAUGCACAUUUAUUACAUGUUGGUGAUGCUAUUUUAUCUAUUAAUAAUGAAAAUAUAUUAAAUUUAACUCAUGAUGAAGUUAUUACUAAAUUACGAGAUGUAUCCGGUGAUCAAGUUAAUUUAACUGUUCAAUAUAUGAAUGAUAUGGCUCCCUAUUUACAUUCAACAACAACAACAGCAAGAUCAUCAUUAUCAUCAAUAAUACCAAUAGUACAAACUAGUUUUACAUUACCGACAUCAUCGUCUGUUAGACUAAGGCGACAACAAAAUCGUAUGUCAGCAGAAUAUCCUUCGAGCUAUCAUCGAUCGGGUAAACAACAGCAACGUUUAUCAUUAAUGCUUUCCAAUCAACAAAAAAAUACUGAUGAAUAUGAAUUACUUAGUCGAUUAUUAUUAUGUGAAAAUGAGAAUGAACGAUGUCGACGUCAAUUAGAAGAAUUUGCAACAGAACAACAACAACAACAGCAACAACAAACAGAACCAAUUACUACAUUAAUAGAUGAAGAUGAUGAAGAUAAUUCAACAAUCGAUUAUGUAUCAGUACAAGAAUAUUCUCUACUUUAUGCAUAUGUUACUCAAUAUAUAACUAGUACAGAUAAAUUACGUACUAAUUCUUUUCAAUUACGUACUCUUGAUGGUUCUCAAUCGGGAAUAAUUAUAAAUGAUACAUCUGUACAACAACAUUUAUGGAUAUCACGUAUUAAUACAAUUAUACAUAAUCUAACAACACGUACAAUAAAUGAACUUAAUCAAACAUUAUUACCAAGUGAACAAGUACUUUAUGCAACUUGGAUACAUGAACGUAUAACAAAUAUUAAUCAAAAUCGUUUACCAGAAUGGAAACCUAUAUUUAUUGUUUUAAAAGGUAGUGAUCUUUAUAUAUUUGAUGAUAAUAAACCACCACCAUUAUGUUCAUAUGAUUUUAUAUGUUGUUCACGUAUAUAUCCAAUUGUUGAAAUACUUCUUGAACAAAUAUUAUUAAAAUAUUUACGUGAUGAUAGACAAUAUUGUUUUACAUUAACAUUAUCAAAUGAUUUAAUAACAAAAUGUCGUUAUUUAAAUUUUGAAACUAAAAAUGAAUUAGAUGAAUUUUUAUUAAAUUGGCAACGUUCAUUAUAUAUGUCAGUUUAUGCACUUAAAAAUCGUGCAUUUGGUUGUACAUAUCAAGGACAAAUAUGUCGUUUAAUUAUUGAUAUAUAUAAAGGUUUUGAAAUGUAUAAUAAUGAAACAAAUAUAAUUCUAUGGUCAUUUACAUUUGAACAAUUACAAUCAAGUUCUGAUAAUGGACGAGAUAAAAUUUUUUUUGAAUUUAAACGUAAUUCAAUAUCAAAUGAUAAUGAACCAACAAUAUAUAUUGAAGUACAAUGUCAACAUUUAAGAAUACUUGUUCAUGUGAUUAAUGCAUUUUUAACAAUUAAAUUAAUUGGAAAACAAGAUAAUGCAAAUGAUUAA